AGUCGUGAACUCCGCGUCGGCGCGUCGACACCUCCCCGGACUGGACCCGAGAGAGAGGGGGCUCUCAGAAAGCGAGCGAGAGUCUCCCGUCUCGGAGAGACGGGUGGUGUCGGAGUGAGGGUUCUGCCCUUGGAGGACGGCACGCGCCCGAAACGGAAGGACCAUGGCGUGCAGCCGGCUAGUUCUGCUGGCGUUGUGCGCAUGCGCAGUGGUCAGCGGCUCGGAGCACCACGUGCACGUGCAUUUUGACGAGAGCGAGGUGGAGAAUGCCAUCAACGUCGCGGCCGCGCGGGUGAAAACCCAGCUGGAGAGGAGCCGGGACUCAGGCGGCCGGGCGGACCCGUUCAGCGCAGCGGCACUCUGGACCGCCGCCCACCUCCCCUCCUACAAGGGCAGAAACAGCUCGGCUGUAGCCCUUAUUGCCGAGGAGGCCACCCGACAUCUGGUCGUCAGUCAUGGAAUGGACAUGGCAGAGGUCGGCUCCGAAAUGCCCGGUGUGGAUCUCAGUGGCACAAUUCUGGGCCAGUACUGCCCCGUCUCUGGGGACAGGACCUGCCAGCCACAAAAGUACCGGUCGCUGGACGGUUUCUGCAACAACGUGCAACAUGCCUCCUGGGGGAGCGCACAGACUGCCUUCGCCCGGCUGCUGCAGCCCGCCUACGCGGACGGUCUGUCCGCACCGCGGGGUCAAAGCGUUUCCGGCGGUGACCUGCCGUCGGCUCGCAGCCUCUCUGGACGCCUGGCACACCCCGGUCACAACCGACAUGAGUUUGUUACGGCCCUGAUGGCGGUCUGGGCGGAGUUUGUGCAUCAUGAUUUGGUCCACAUCGCUAGCGGCGCGCCAGGUAAGUCGCAGAUGCGGAUGAAUUGUCGCCAUUGCUACCAUACCCACAGGUCACAGCAUAGGCGCGGGAGCCGGGGGGGCAGUGGGGGCAGCUUGCCCCCCCCAACUCUGGGGCCGUGGGGGCGGUGCCCCCACAGCUUUGAGACGGAAUACCACACUUUUUUUGCAAAUGUUUUCUUUUUUUGUUGAAAAAGCCGAGGGGUAAAAAAUAAGUGGCCUAAAACCGGUGAGAAAACUAGAUUUGGGGGUACCCUAGGUUAAUCUCUAUUAUGGUGUGCCCCCCCAGUCGGAAAGUAGUUCCCGCGCCCCUGGGUCACAGUUGCGCGACAACAACUGUACCAGGCCGGAUAAGAAACUUGGGUUUUGAUGAGUGAUGAAACAUAUUUAAAUUUGCGUUUGGUGUUUUUACGUACCAAAUGCAACAGUAUUUAGUGUAGCUUGGGUGACCAACGCGGCACUGUGUUUUCCCAUGUUUUAUGAUCGAUUUGGCAUGCUCACUGUGGUGAAAAACUCCACCGAUAUCCAUUCUGUCUUUUGUCCUCUUGUCAAGCCGUAAUCCGUCAUUCAGCGGAGGCAUUAUGAGAGUCUUGCUGUUACCGCUGUCAUGCUUAGUGUAUUUUAUGAAGACGUAUUUGCCUUUGUCGCCCUUCUGAAGAUCAUGGCGACUUGCUUCAAGACGUUUGCUCUUUCAGCUCAAUCCACUGCGUUUUGUGGUGUUUAUGUUUAUGCUGGACGAAAGCGCUUGGGCCAAUUUGUGUUUUUGGCCAAGCUCUGCCCUUGUCAAAUGUCCCGUCUCACCCUGCUGUGUCUUGUCCUGUUAUGUUUUAGCCUAUUCUGUUCUAUCCUCUCCUAUCCUACCUUCCCUUGCCCCGCCCUUUUCCUGUCCAUCCCUAUCCCACCCUAACACCAUGAAGCCGUGUGUGGUCUAUGAUUUGAUAUCACCUUCUUGCCUGGUUUACCGCCUGGCUCACUUAUACUGCUUGGUUUACAACCUUCUCGGGGUCACUACAGAAGGGGGUUGAUUAAGGCGAUGGUGGCUCUCUAAAGCCGUGAUGAGUGUUGUGGGUCGAAAACGGCUUGAGGUCAGAGGUCAGGUUGUUUGGCCCACUGGGGUCGCAUAAGGUCAGUUCUGUUCCUUCCUGGUCCGAGAUGAUGGCUGCAAGCCGAUGAUGAGAUGAAUAGAGUUAACUCGACAGCUUGAAGAAAGGUGACUGGGGUCCAUGAACGUCUCUUGAAAAGAGCUCGAAACAUAAAGAGCUGGCACUGAAGACGGCAUAAAAGAGAUGAGAUGAAGAAAUGAAAG